UGAAGCCUUAACCCGUCUCCGAAGUCUUAACCCAUCUCCGAAGUCUUAACCCGUCUCUGAGCAACCAGCAGCCUCCCUCCCCGUCACCACCCCCCGCCGGAUCGGCAGCCCGGCUCCUCCCUCAGUCCGGGCCUGGGGCCUGGACUGGGGGUUCACCUUCCCCCGGCCCCUCUGCGUGCUCCGCCCCUGAGUCCCCCCAAGGUCGUCUGGGCGCGCAUCGCCCCUUGGCAAGGUCAUCUCCAAAGUCAUCAGGACCGCAGGCGUCUGCGCGGGCGCAGCAGCCAGCCACUUAAAAGGAUCGUGGGUCGGCUGGAGGUCAGUUGAAGAGAGAAAAUGGAUGCAGAAAGGAGGAGGAAUGCUCCAUCUCAUAUCCUGGGUAAAGGCUUACAAAAGCGGCCUAGUACCAGGAAAAGUCCUUCUGCUAGUGUUGACACAUCUGCAUUUCUGUCAUCAUUUAUGUGCUCCAGUAGGACUCUGCUGAUUGAUGCCCCAGCAGAACUGAAAAGAGGCCUGCAGAGGAAGGAGCGACACCUUUUCCUAUUCAACGAUCUGUUUGUUGUGACUAAAAUCAAAUAUAACAACAACUUUAAGAUAAAAAAUAAAAUUAAAUUAACUGAUAUGUGGACGGCAACCUGUGUGGACGAAGUGGGAGAAGGCAACACCAAUGCCAUGAAAUCCUUUGUCUUGGGCUGGCCCACAGUGAACUUUGUGGCCACUUUCAGUUCUCCGGAACAAAAGGAAAAAUGGUUCUCUCUCCUUCAGAGAUACAUCAAUCUAGAGAAAGACAAGGACUACCCGAAGAGCAUUCCGCUCAAAAUCUUCACCAAGGACAUUGGGAAUUGUGCCUAUUCUAAAACUAUAACAGUAAUGAAUUCAGAUACAGCGAAUGAAGUUAUCAACAUGUCAUUAACAAUGCUAAGGAUAACUGGCUCUGAGAGAGAUUACCAGUUAUGGGUCAAUUCUGGCAAAGAAGCGGCACCAUACCCACUCAUUGGGCAUGAAUAUCCUUAUGGAAUUAAAAUGAGCCAUCUUCGAGACACUGCACUCCUGACACAGGGAUCAAAGGACUCCACCACACCUCUUAACUUCCAGGAGCCCUUCCUUAUGGAACAGCUGCCCAAAGAGAUGCGGUGCCAGUUCAUCCUGAAGCGCAGCCGUCUGGCUAUGGCCCAGCAACUGAGUGAUUCAAAUCAGAAGACAUUUAAAAGGAGAAGAUCUAUCUUAAACUGGGCCUUUUGGCGAGGUUCUAGCACUCACCAGCACAACUUGCCCAUAUCUCCAACAUCUCCUGUGCCAGGACAGCUGUUUGGAGUUUCUCUGCCAAAUAUUUGUGAGAAUGAUAAUCUGCCCAAACCUGUCUUAGAUAUGCUUUAUUUUCUUAAUCAAAAAGGACCCCUAACAAAAGGAAUCUUCAGGCUAUCAGCUAAUCUGAAAUCCUGCAGAGAGCUAAAAGAGAAACUGAAUUCUGGAGUCGAAGUACACCUAGACUGUGAAUGUAUUUUUGUGAUAGCAUCUGUUUUCAAGGAAUUUCUGCGAAAUAUUCCUGGAAGCAUUUUUUCAUCAGAUCUCUAUGAUCACUGGGUCUGUGUAAUGGAUCAAGGAAACAAUGAAGAGAAAAUAAAUACAAUUCAAAGGCUAUUAGACCAGCUUCCGAGAGCAAAUGUUGUUCUCCUAAGGAAUCUUUUUGGGGUAUUACACAACAUCGAACAACAGUCCUCGUCUAACCAGAUGACUGCAUAUAAUUUAGCUGUGUGUAUUGCUCCAAGCAUCCUUUGGCCUCCUCUUUCCUCCAGCCUGGAAGUACAAAAUGAAUUUACAAAAAAGGUUCCCCUGCUUGUACAGUUUCUGAUUGAAAAUUGCUGCAGGAUAUUUGGUGAAGAAAUUACUUCCCUCUUAGGAGAGACUUCAGUGAGAUGUGGCACUAGAGAGAAUGCCUCAGAUGUCUCUUGCUUCCAACCAAGUGACUCUUCUCAUGACAGCUUGGAAAAUGAAGUAAAUGGGGAUGUGGACGCUCCCUGUAGUGACUUGGCAAAGAAACUUGACCAGAGUAGCAGAAGCAUGGACUCUAUCUUAACCCUCAGUGACCAUGAUCUUGACCAGCCUGAGGUGGAAGGCCUUUUAACCCUGAGUGACUUUGACUUAGACCAGUCUAAAGAUGAAGACAUUCAAAUGAAACAGCCUCUUGAAUCCAAGCAGAUGACUAUUGCAGUGAUGUACAGAGAGGCCCUCCCACUGCAGGAGCAUGCCAGGGCCCCAUCUGACAUGUGCACACCCAGCUACCUGUCCUCAGAUGCAACAGAUGCUCCAAAAACCCUGAGGCGACACUGGCGCUGCUCGGAGCCCAGAACCUACUGUCUAGAUUCUAAGCUUUCCUCUCUCGAGGAGGUUUAUCAGAAAAAGCUGCGCAAGUCCAGCUAUGAUGCAAUUCUUUCUCAAAAAGAUGAGGAUUAUCUGAAGCAGAAUCAACGUCUCCAGGAAGGAGAUAAGACAUGUUUUAAACAGAGUUCAGUCACAAGCACUGAUGUCAGCGAGAAAAAUGCCACCAAUCAAAACAUUAAGAAGAAAAACUUGUCUGGUACUGAAGAAAAUCAUGGGAAACUUUUCCGUAAUUCCACGCGAGUGUCCAAUUCUGUGGCAUCCUAUAGUCAUAUGUCCUCACAAGAUCAUUCCAGGAACCAGCCCUUUGAUGAAGAUACAUCAGGAUACUCCCUGCCACACACAACAGGUACCCUCAAGAGGUCAAGGACACACCAGCGCUGCUCAGAGCCCAACAUAGAUAACCAGCACUGCAAACUGACCUAUCUCAGGGGGAUUGAUUCAAAGAAACGUAAAACCAGCUGUGGAGCUGGUCUCUUGCAGGGAGAGGAGGAUUAUCUCAAACAGCAUAAGUCUUUGCAAAUGGAGGGGCAAAAGCUUAUUAAUCAGAGUUUGGUCAUGGGGAUUGAGGUGGGCAAGAGUAGUGCCACAAACCAAAACACUGAGAAGGUUUUACCCCCAAGAUUAAGCCUUUGCCCAAAGACUAGCUGUUCCAGCUUAUCCUCCCCAGGCACCUCCCCAUAUGGCUCAUCAGUGAGCUGUCAGGACAGCCCUUUUCCUCAGACUUCUGAACAUUCCGUGUUUCCACCCACUGAAACUCCCUCUCCAAUAGAUUGCAAUUUUCAGGCUCAAAGAAAACAGGGAGAGCUCUCUUCUGACUUUAGCAGUUCCAACUUCAUUUCUGGAAUGCCUGGUCCGUCAUCAGGGCAGGGCAGCAGCCACCUCGUCAAUACAGAAAAGGAUAGUGUAGGGUGGCAUUCACAAAUGCGUUCUGUAAGUCUUCAUCCCAACACAUGGUUGAGAAAUGGUAUAGCCCGUUUGAGAAACUGGUCCCUCAAAAAGAAAGCAAAGGCAGCCAGGCCAGAGGAAAAUAAAAUAGGUUCUCUAAAAGGACUUUCAGAGCCACCUCCUCGUGCUUCUGGUGUUCCAGAAGCCAACUCACUGGAAGAGAGACAGAAAGACAUGCCCAUGAAGGCCGUGGAAGGACUUGGUACUGUGCAGACAACCCAUUCAUAUAAUUCUUCUCCCUCCCAGGAAUCAGAGAGACACAGCAGCUCUCCAUUCAGCCUAGUAGACAGCGGACUCAAACUGCGUAUGAAGCCCCACAAGGAAGUCAAGCCUGUAGGUCAGGGCUAUUCUACACUUCUGUGUUGGGGAAGAGCCUCAGCCAGCUAUCAGAGACUGGAGGAUAUGGCCAGCCCAGACAUUUAACCAAAGACAUUUAACCACAAUGAGGAUCCAACAUCUACGAGAACAAGAACUAGGCUAAUAAUAUAAAGAUGAUAGUUAUUAUGACCCCUUUGUACAAGAUAUCUGGGAUAGGUAGCAUAAGGAUAAUUAUUGCUAAUACUUAGGGCAACAAAAUAAUUCUUUUUAUUGAGACUACUUGACAAAAAUUUUAUGCUAAAAACUUUUACCACCUAAGUGUUUGGGAGAUUUUUUCCUUAUUAAAGCAUGGGAUUGGUCCUGUUAUAUGGUUAUAGAGAUACUAGCAGAGGACUAGAGAAAGCAUCUUCUAUAAAGGAAACAUGCCUUAUGAACAGUCUGUGAGAUUAGUGUCCUGAGAAAACCAGGAUAUAAAUGAAAUAUAGGGGACUGGAGAGAGAGGGGAAGGGUACAGAGAAAACAUCCACAUUCGAUGGAAUGUUUUUAAUAAGCAAGAAAAAUGCCGCUACUCAAAGCAAAAGAAGAAAAGCAUGUCUGAUAAUGAUGGAAGUCAUGGAAACACUUUCCUCAAAUCUAAGCCAGUGGCCAUUCUGUGGUAUCUUAUAGUCACAUGUCCUCACAGGAUCAUUCCAGAAACAGCCCAUUGAUUCAGCUAGUGUGAAGAAAACUGGAGUGAUUCAAGAGCCCCGGGUACCAUGAUAUAACUUUUGUUUGUUGUGUUAGUUGAUGUGUUUUUUUCCAUUAGUGUUGAAUUGCUUUGCAAAGGCUCCAAGAAAAAGAUGUGAGGAGAAAGAAGGGAAUGGUUGCUCAUUUCAAUGCCCUUUCCUUAGGUACCUGUGCUAGUAACAUUCUUCAAAAAUGUAAAUUUUCCUGUUUAGAAGGUGACCUCCUGACAGCAUUCGCUGUCUCAGCAUGGAGGAAAAGAGUGCAGCAACAGUUCCUUCUCAGUUACACAAGUGCUGUUACCAACAUGUAAUCAAAGCAUUAUAGUAAGAAGUUAUGAUAAAGGAAGACACACGUCCAUUUUUAUACUAGUUGGCAAGGCCUAAUGACCUAUUCCUAGGUGAGGAAAUGAAUUGGUGUAACCUUUUAUGGCAAAAAAGAGGAGAAAGGUCCGUGGAGGUAUAAAUCAUGGAGGCUUAAACCAAGGAGGUAUAAACCAUCAAAUCAUGUGAAAGCUUGGCACCUCUUUGCUGAGGUGUUUCUCUGCAGCCCUUACCCUCAGAUUACAGUCAACCCCCCCCAAAAGUUACUUAUAAAUCAUUUUUCUGAUGAGAUCGGGCACGUUCAGGGU